UCGCGAGCGCAGCCCCGUUGCCAGGAAACGGGAGGAGGCGUGGCCCAGAAGCUGAGCGGGAGGAGGGGCGAGAGACAGAGGCCUCCCAGAAGAAGCGAAAGAAAGGGCGUUUGCCGCGCGCGCGAGGGGCGAACGUGGGCAGCGCGUCAUCGACGCAGCUUGAAACUUGUACAUUGGAGAAUCAAAAGCAAGAAAGCCUUAUGAAGGAGCUGCGUGGCAAUAAUCCUGGGGACCACCCCAAAAAGAAAGAUUCAGCCUCUAGGAAGGACAGUCGCACCUCAGCAGUACAGGCUUCAGAUGACAGCGAACCCGUCAAUAUCUUAAAUCCAACACUUUUGGCUCAGAAGCGACCUCGCCGUGUUUCAAGCAGUAUGGGAGGCAACGCCGUGGAAAGCACUGAUGAUGCCAAAAGGCAAAAGCUCUUGCCUGAAGCAAGUUCUCCUGGGGAAGACUCUGACAAUGAGGAGUCAGAUGAUGAGGAUUAUGAGAGAGUGGGGAGUGAUGAUGACAUCAGCGAUGGGUCAAGCAGCGAGGAUGAGGAUGAUGAAGCAGGUAGCGAUGCCUCAGAAAGUAGUAAUGAAGACUCCAAAGAAAAAACAGGCCAGCCUUCUUCAAGAACUGAUUUAACAAAAGAGUUGUCAUCUAUGUCUUUUGAGGAGCUGCUGAAGUUCAGAAACCAGAUUGGAACCAAGGCUUAUCAGCGAAUGACUUCUGGGAAAAGAGUACCAAACACAAAAAAGCCAGAGAAGAGACAGGGUCCAAGCAAAGACAGGCCUUUAGAAAUUUCAGCCAAGAAACCGGUCUCCUUUCUGCGACAAGUGGUGCCUGUUACAAAGAAGGUACCCCGAGACCCACGUUUUGAUGACCUCUCUGGGGAAUAUAAACCAGAAGUGUUUGAAAAGACCUAUUCGUUUUUGAAUGACAUCAGGAAAAAGGAGAAAGAGAUAGUUCAGAAGCAACUGAAGAAAAGUAAAAACGUGGAUCAGAAAACCAAAUUGCAGCAGCUCCUUAAACGAAUGACACAGCAGGAAGAUGCACAGAGGAAACAGCAAAAGGAGAGAGAAAGAGACCUUGCCUUCAAGAAGAAGCAGCGAGAGCUGGCCCAGCAAGGGAAGAAGCCCUUCUAUCUAAAGAAAUCUGAUAAGCAGAAGUUGGAACUGGCUGAGAAAUACAAAGAGCUGAAGAGGAGUGGAAAACUGGAGAAUUUCUUGAGCAAGAAGAGGAAAAGGAAUGCCACUAAGGACAAAAGGAAACUCCCUUUUAGGAAGACACUCUAAUAUCUGGCUGCAGGAGAAAACCCUACCUCUGUGCAAGUGAUACUGUAAUGGGCACAGGUCUCUCAGUCAGCGAUGGACUUAAUAAGCUCCUAGCAAGACGCCAUCCUGUGGUCUAGGUUUCUCUGCCACCAGGCUGAACUGGACUGCUGGCAGUUGUCCUAGAAACUGUGUACAAGGAUUCUAAUUGUGGAAUCUCAUUAAUUGGCAUAUUUCCUUUUGAAAGCGCUCCUUGGGUCAUUAAUUGAUAAUACGUUUUGUAACAUCAUUUUGCUAGUGUAAAGCAGUUAUUUUUCAGAAAAGCAAAUUUCUUCUUUCAUCUGUUGAUACAAAACAGAAAAGCAAAUGAAACCUCAUGAUUACAUUCACAAGACUGCUAUUUUAAUUAAUUCACAGACAUUUCCCACUGUUUCCUCACAGUGUUUGUUCCCCUCUGUCUUUCAGCAUGGGUUCAUUUCUUUAGUUAGUUAUUGCCAGCAUGGCUUCUGUCCAGAUAAGCAGAUGACUUUCAGGUACUUAUGUUGUGUUCCAAAUCUUGUAACCCCUUUGUACUUGAUUUUUUCUUCGCCUUGUGAUCUAACUCAUUAUUUAGUGCUGUAUAUCUUUGCCUAGUGGAAAGAUAUUGCUUUCUUUCUUUUUUUUUUUUUAAUAGAUUGGAAAAUUUGCUGAUGCCAAAUUAGGACAUAAAGACAAGAGUUCUGGUUUUGGCCUUUUGCAUAGAUGUCGGCAUCUUAUAAAUUACUACCCACAUGAAGCUGCCUUUAUAAGAAAUCAGACAAAUUUAUUUUAAAUAAUUUAUUCUAUUAGUCUGAGUGUGUGAAAAGUAAGUUAUACUGGGCAUCAAAAUCCUGUCACCUACUGAAAUUUAGAGGCACCAAGUUGGAAAAGACUAUCCUGAGCUAAUAUGCUCCUUGGCAACUCCAUGUGGGUUACCACAAGCUAAAGCACCACUUAUAUUUGGCUAUAGAGGAAAAAGCACUAAAACAGUAUUUUUGGUUUCCCAAGAUAGUGGUCUGAACAUUACCUAACAAGGAAAGUCGAGGUGCAAAGUUAGUAUGUUUCUCUUUCUCUCCACUAUAACAUUUUCCUCCUGAAUAUAUUUAUAGAAUUAAUGAGAAAUUUUACUUAGUGGGCUGAGUGUAUUGAAGUAUCGUUGGCUGCCUUGGAACGUACUCAUGGAAAUGAAUGACCCAAAUACAGAGAAAAAACCUCUUUUCUCAAAUUAGUGAAAAUCAUAAAAGAUUAAAACAGCGAUUGGGAAUCGUAAAAAGCAGUGAGAAGUAACCAUCCCUGUGCCUGAGGGUGGAAAGGAGGGUAAGAAGAGAUGAAUGCGCUGUACAACUACCUUACAUGGACAAGGGCAAUAAUGGGGAAUUAAAUGCAGGGAUUUAUGCUUCA